AAGCUAAAGGAAGCCAAUUUAAUUAGGGUACUGGCUCUCUCUUCGUGUCUGGUCUUAAUUACUCUCCAAGCUUGUCAAAGAUUUUGUCGACCAAGAAAAAUGGGUGCUUCUCUUCCAGCAUCUCCGGCAUUAUUUGUGGUGGUUUUUCUCUUUGCCAUUAACUCUCUCUGGGUCUUUCCUGAGGUUGCUGUUGCAAAGCAUGCAGGCGUUACAAGGCACUACAAAUUUGAUAUAAGGUUGCAAAAUGUCACCCGAUUGUGCCACACAAAGACCAUGGUGACAGUUAAUGGGAUGUUCCCCGGGCCUCGAGUUUUUGCCAGAGAAGGUGACAGAUUGGUAGUUAAGGUGGUCAAUCAUGUUCCAAACAACAUCACCAUCCAUUGGCAUGGAAUCAGACAACUAAGGAGCGGAUGGUUCGAUGGGCCAUCAUAUAUAACACAAUGCCCUAUUCAAACUGGGCAGAGUUAUGUGUACAACUUCACCAUUGUUGGCCAAAGAGGAACUCUCUUCUGGCAUGCCCACAUCUCAUGGCUUAGAGCUACCGUCUAUGGACCCCUUAUCAUCCUCCCCAAGCGGAAUGCAUCCUACCCUUUUGCCAAACCACACAAGGAGGUCCCCAUCAUAUUUGGAGAGUGGUGGAAUGUUGAUCCAGAGGCAGUUAUCAGACAGGCUCUUCAGAAUGGAGCCGGUCCAAAUGUUUCCGAUGCCUACACCAUUAAUGGACUUCCCGGACCUUUGUACAAUUGUUCUAAGAAAGAUACGUACAGGCUAAAGGUAAAGCCGGGGAAGACAUAUCUUCUCCGUUUGAUCAACGCUGCACUCAACGACGAGCUCUUUUUCAGCAUAGCAAACCACAGCCUAACCAUUGUCGAAGCAGAUGCAGUUUACAUCAAGCCUUUCAAUACCAAUAUAUUGGUCCUCACACCAGGACAGACCACAAAUGUUCUUCUGAAGACGAAGCCCAACGACCCCAGUACCACAUUCCUCAUGUUAGCCAGACCAUAUUUCACCGGUAUGGGCACCUUCGACAACUCCACGGUGGCCGGCAUUCUCGAGUACGAGAAUCCGUCGACUUCUUCUACUCCCACCCCUUUGAAAAGACGUCCACUUCUCAGACCCAAACUCGCUCCAAUGAAUUCCACUAUCUCCACUUCCUUCGUCAUGAAUUUCACCAGGAAAUUUCGAAGCUUGGCCAAUGCUAAAUUCCCUGCCAACGUGCCCCAAACUGUGCAGAAGCGGUUCUUCUUCACCUUAGGUCUCGGAACCAACCCUUGCCCCAAAAACCAAACCUGCCAAGGUCCUAACAAUAGCUCCAAGUUUGCAGCGUCAAUUAAUAACGUCUCCUUUAUUCUCCCCACAACAGCACUCCUCCAAGCACAUUUCUCCGGGAGAUCAAAUGGUGUUUACACCACUGAUUUUCCAAGCUCUCCUCUCCGACCAUUCAACUACACCGGCACUCCACCCAACAACACACGUGUGAGCAAUGGAACCAAAGUGGUGGUGCUGCAAUAUAACACAAGUGUGGAGUUCGUGAUGCAGGACACUAGCAUUUUGGGUGCCGAGAGCCAUCCUCUCCAUCUUCAUGGCUUCAACUUCUUUGUUGUUGGCCAAGGUUUUGGCAACUUUAAUCCCAACAAAGACCCUGCCAACUUUAACCUCGUUGACCCGGUUGAAAGGAACACCUUUGGUGUGCCAGCCGGUGGUUGGGUGGCGAUUCGAUUCAUUGCAGACAACCCAGGUGUUUGGUUGAUGCAUUGCCACUUCGAUGUCCAUCUCAGCUGGGGUUUAAGAAUGGCCUGGAUUGUCCAGGAUGGGAAGCUCCCUAAUCAGAAGUUGCCUCCUCCACCGUCGGACUUUCCCAAAUGUUGACCUUUGACUUUGAGCCUCCUGGGCGCAGGCGACAAGUUUUUUUUUGGUAAUUUAUUUUGGUCGUGUUAUGCAAUAUUUUGCCUUUCAAAGAGCACUAGGGAAAACCCACAUUGAUAUUCAACAAAAUUAUAUUCAUUGUUUGUCCGGCUUGCAUGCCUCUCUUAAUAUUUUUCUAGGAUAAAACUCCACCGAGAAAUUGGAGGUCCAAGAAAAGGGUGGAGGAGGUUUUUGUACCAUCUACAUAUUUCAAUAUUGUUUUUGUUUGAGAAUAAAUAACAGCAAUAUUCAUUUCAA